GGGUUAACGCGAACGGUGCAAAUGGCUGUGCGUCGGCCAUGAUGGCUUUUAGCAGGGACCGUGUCACGCAAACAUGUUUUCAAGGUGAUAUUCCUCGUUUCGUGACUGAGUGACCGUGUUCUAGCGCGAUGGCCGGCAAAGAAUGAGGCUUUGAGCGUGUUCGGUGCCGGGUGAUACGGCCGCCGGGCUUCCGUGAGGCCGCCAACUCGGGCCUGAAGGUGUGCGUGCGCGCUAUAACCCGCGGGUGAAACGCAGUGGGUUGUCAACAGACACGGGAAAGUGCGAGCGAGAGCGUAGCUGGCGAGGAUGAGCAAGCUGUCGUUUAGGGCGAGGGCGCUCGACGCCUCAAAGCCCAUGCCGAUAUACAUGGCUGAGGAGCUGCCCGACCUACCCGAUUACUCGGCGAUAAAUCGGGCCGUUCCACAGAUGCCCAGCGGCAUGGAAAAGGAAGAGGAAUGCGAACAUCAUCUCCAAAGAGCAAUAUGCACCGGUCUAAUCAUUCCCACGCCAGAAGUCACGGAUAUGACUGACGUUGAGGCUUACGACAAAAUUUAUCCCUUCGACUACAAGCUGCCACGACAACUUAUACACAUGCAACCGUUUGCAAUGGAGCAGGACAUUCCCGACUAUGACAUGGACUCUGAAGAUGAAAAAUGGGUCGGAGCUCAAAGCCGAAAGAUGGAUCUGACGCCGUUACAGUUUGAGGAGAUGAUGGACAGGCUGGAAAAGAGCUCGGGUCAAACCGUUGUUACGCUUAACGAGGCCAAGGCACUUCUAAAGGAAGACGACGACCUCAUCAUUGCGGUUUUUGACUACUGGCUCAACAAACGUCUGAAAACACAACAUCCUCUACUGUUGACGGUGAAAACGGAGCAUCGAACCGGUCUAGCCGCUAACAAUCCGUACCUGGCGUUCAGGCGGCGUACAGAAAAAAUGCAGACUCGUAAAAACCGUAAAAACGACGAAACUAGUUACGAGAAGAUGCUCAAGUUACGGAGGGAUCUCAGCAGAGCGGUAACACUGCUCGAACUGGUCAAACGGCGGGAAAAAACGAAACGCGAACAUUUACACCUUACCAUCGAAGUUUACGAAAAGAGGUACCAAGCGCAAGAUUUCAGCGGUCAGGUGUUGGCCGAAGUUUCCGCGUUGAAAGCGUCGCGACCCGCGUUCGCGCCACUAUUCACCAACCAGUUCGGAGUUCACCAAAAUUGGGCCAACAAAGUAUCCGGAAAGGAGGAAGUGCUGCCCAGGAAAGAUAAGAGGCCGUACAAAAAACGGAAGCACAAAGCGGAGGACCGUGGUACCGGUGGCUCCGUGGGCAGCGGGGGUGGAGCCGAGGACGCCCAUCUUCGCGGCAGCGGCGUAGCCGGCAGGGGAGGAAGGAGCGGGACUCUCGGAAGCGGGCUGGACCCGCUGGCCAGUUCCGACGACGACAGUCCCCAUCCUUGCCACUCCCAACCCUCCCUACCUUCGGACCGCGACGAGGACGACGCCGUCGACGAGGGUCACUUCGCCUUCAGGCGUAACAAGAAUUGUACCUAUUUAUCGCCCGUUACCGGUGGAUUCGGCAACUGGCCAUGGUGCGACAGGAGCGAGGGCGGUUGCGCCGACAAGAGGUUCAGAUUCGCGCCCACCAGUAUAACGACCCCUGCCCCGAGGUGCGUGGGUCUGGCGAGGCGGCGAGUGGGUCGCGGGGGUCGGGUGAUACUGGACCGCUACACCGCCAACGGUGACGACGUGUGGUCCUCGUUGGAUUUCACGAUACACGAGCCGAAGCGUGACCACCUCCUCGCUUCCGCGGAGACGGCGCAAAAGGACUGGCUCCACUUCCGACCGAAAACGCCGCCGCCGCCGUCGGCCCCCUCGAGCGCCAGCGAGGAGAGCAGCGAGUCAGAGUCGGACGGGGAGGCCCGCAGGGACGCCUCGCCCGCCUACCCCUUCCCUCGGGAGGCCACCUCGAUAUGCAUCGACUUCGAGCAGCCGGCGGUCGUCAGGACGAAUUCGUCCGCCGUUACGCUCGGCGUCGCCGAGGAACCGCCGUUCACCUCCGAGUUCAACAUAUCCGACUACUUCCCGACGGAUUUGUACUCGGACUUCGACGUCGCGGUAUCGAAUUGUGGUGUGUCUAGUAGUUCGUUAGCGAGAACCAGUGUAAAUGUGAGCGGUGGUGGCAAAGGACGACAUCAACCUACAGAUAAUAACGCGAGUGACCAAAGGACAGAUCAGCUGAUUGGCUGCUCGCAUUUUACAAUAACACCUCUGAUCGGCAGUCUGUUGUCACAGCAAAACAACCAACAGCAGCAACAGCAACAGCAACAGCAGCAACAGACCCGAUCGCAGUGUACCAAUAGUAGUAGUAGCAGUAGCUGUAGCGGUAGCAGUAGCGGUAGUUCUAAUAAUAACAAUAGUAAUAACAACAACAACAAUAACAAUAGCGCCGGUAACGGUCCCGGGACCGUUUCGCCGGCUACGACGACGACGACGACGACGACGUCGACGGCGACGGCGUCGGUAACGAUAAGCGGGACGGGCGUGAGUUCGGGGGUAAACGUCGGGACGACGGUGCCGACGAUAUCCCAAGCACGUUGGACGAUAUCCGGUGGUGGCGGUGGUUCGAGUGCGAACGUUAACAACAACAACAACAACAACAACAACAACAACCAGCCGACCACGUCUACGUCGAGUUUGACGCGGUGCGUUACAGUGGCGGGCGAAACGCCGACGCAAAUACAACAAACGAAUCGCCAUUCCAGGCACCAUAGACAGUCGUCGUCCGUUAACCACAGUCCCGGUGCGGCGGGGGCGGUUAGCAGUAGUAGUAGUGGCGGUGGCGGGGCUCCGAUAUUGUCGAAGUCGUUAACUAGUCCAACGAAUAAUCGCGGCGUCACCACGAUAGGCGUCGCCAAUGCCACGAACUUUGGUAACGGUCAUCAGAACGGUCCGACUAACGCGCCUCCCGUUUACCUGCACCAUAAUUCUAAUGUGAAUAAUUUUUCGAACAGCGCGAGUCACGCUGUCAACAACCAGACUGGUAUCUUGAACGUCGGUGGCGGCGGUACGCCGAUGGUGUCGUCGACGAAUUUUCAAACUACGAACGCGACGCCGCCGACCUCUACGGUUAAUACGACCGUUGUCAAUCCGACGACUAUUUUAUCACACAAACAUCAUCAGGCACCGAGUCUGAUUACCGGUGUUGUUAAUCAGAAUAAAUUUGCUAAUAUUGCCAAACAACAACAACAACAACAACAACAACUGCAACAACAACAGCAGUUGCAGCAACAAAUUCAGCAGCAACAACAAUUACAGCAACAACAACAACAGCAGCAGCAACAGCAACAACAACACGCGCAGAAUCAAGCACAGCAGAUCCCCACGCCCGGGGAAAUUACGCUUAAUAGUAAUAGGUGAGACUAGUUGAUAUCUCGUCCGUCCAUCCGCGUUAUUCGUUUAACUAGCUAGCUAUCGCUCUAAAACGCCGUGUGAGAGUUGAAAGAAAGAUAGAAAGAGAGAAAGAAAAAAAAAAAAAAGGGAAAGAAAGCGAUCGAGAGAAAGAAAGCGAGAAAGAACGAGCGAACGAAGAUUUGAAAAAUGACAAAUUACGAGGGAGGUAAGAGUGAGUGUAAAAAAAAAAAUAGAGAGCGAAAGAUUGGACGUGCGCCGGCAAACCGGAGGAAAUUUCGGCGAAAUCGGUCCGUCUCCUCGAGCUCUUCGUGUUCUUUUUUUUCUCUUUUUUUUUUUUUUAACGUCAAGUUACAAUUGAAUGAAAAUGAGAUGAUACUAAAAUUUUCCACCUCCGGCUCGCGAGGUGUGACUUAAAACAAAAUGAAUGAGAAGAGAAAACCAACAACAACAACAACAACAAGAAAAAAAAUCCGAUAUUGUAAAUAUAAUUAAGUCUUUUGUGUAUAAUAGAGAAAUUUGAUAUAAAAUGAAAUAAAAAAUUGUCGAAAAAAAAAACCUACAAAAAAAAAUAAA